AUGAAGCCUUUAGUAAAAAGAAUAAUAGAAGCUAUCGAAACGGAAUCACCAACUACAAUAACUUACAAUGGUAAAAGGAUUAAAAUAUCUAAAAACAUUAUUGAUAAAUAUAAACAUUGUAAAGUCCAUGAUGAUAUAGAUUUGGAAAGAAUUGACAAGAGUGCAAAGGAAGGUGGAUUUUUACCUUUCCUAUCUUUGAUAUUUGCUGGUCUGGCGGCGGCAGGUGCCUCAGCUGGUGGGGCGGCUGGGAUAACACAAGCCAUCAACGCCAAGAAAGCAGCUGAUGCUGAAAAAAGUGAAAAACGUAGACAUAAUAUGGAAAUGGAAAAGAUAGCACAAGGUUCGGGAGUAGCAGAUAUAUUAGGGGCAGUUAAAGAAUUUGGAAAUCGAUUUAGUGAAGAAAAAACAAACGUUCUGGAGACGAAAUCUUUCUUUCAAAGUAUAAAGGAGAAGGAGUGA